AUGGGCCCUGCGCGUGGUGGUAGGUCGCGCACUGUUGCCAGUCGUGCGCGAUGGAAGGUUGAGGAUGCCCUGGAUAUCAUAAAGCGGAGCCGAGACGAAGGAUAUAAAAGGAUCGUGAAGGGCGGCAUAGCGCGAUUAAGUUUUGGCCCGGAUGGUCCUGGAGAUGAUGACGACACAUUCUGGGUAUGGGACACGGAAGAACUCCUUCCCAAUGGGGGGCAUAUGGUAGCCGUUCGCAAAGCCACAUUCGACGAGAGAUGGCCGUAUACUGGCAGACGCGGCUGGCGCCCUACUAGUAACAAACUCUCAGAGGCUGGAUUCCACUUUACGCCGACGGACGAGGACGAAGACGGAUGUACCUGUGUUUAUUGUGGCGUGGAGCUGGGAGGCUGGGAGCGCACAGAUGAUCCUGUGUAUGUAAAGGAAGCUAACAAAAGGCAUGAACACCAGCGUCGACGACCUGAAUGUCCCUUUUUUCACUGUAUUGUGGCUGAGGCACUGCAGGAGGACGAUACAUCGAAGAAGCGCGUUACUUCUUCUAAGGAUUUUGACGACGAAUCAUUUGAGAUUCUUCCCUCCAAGAAACGGAAGACAUCAGCGAAGCCGGAUAUCGACGAGGACGAGGCUCAAGUCGAGAGUCUCGUCCCCUCCGCCACUGAGCCACCUACAUCAAGUUUUUCUUCCAUCCCAGAUAUCCAAGAUUACCUACCCUAUCCGUUUCCGCAUCGUCACAGUAGCAUUGACCCACCUGCUGUGCCAGAUCCCCACAAAAUGACUGUCUUGGAAUGGAUUACUCAACAACAGAACUACUUGCUGGAUACCAUGAAAGAACGGAUUGAGCGUCGCCUAGCAUCCAUGAGACAGCGUAAUUUGGAGGAGCGAAAGCGGCUCGAAAAAACAUUGCGGAGCUAA